GUCAAGAGCGGCCGCCGGUUCACUAUGAAGCUGAUUAUACUCAUAGGUUUGGUUGCAGCAAUCUGCAAUGCCACGCCUCGGCACUCGAAAUUUCCCGAUGACUUCUUGUUCGGCACAACGACCGCUGCCUACCAAAUUGAAGGAGGAUGGAACGCAGAUGAUAAAAGUGAAAGUAUCUGGGACCGUCUGACGCACACACGGCCUGAUCUCAUCAAAGACGGAAACAAUGCUGAUGUCACAGCAAACACCUACACAUACUACAAACGCGAUGUCGAAAUGAUGAGAGAGCUUGGUCUGGAUGCUUACCGCUUCUCCCUGUCCUGGUCAAGAAUUCUACCAAACGGCUUCACCAAUCACAUCAGUGAAGCAGGCGUUGCAUUCUACAACAAUUACAUCGAUGAAAUGAUAAAAUACAACAUUACGCCGAUGGUAACGCUGUACCAUUGGGACUUGCCCCAAAAACUGCAGGAUUUCGGUGGAUUUUUGAACCCAGACUUUCCUCUUUGGUUCGAACGCUAUGCGAAGGUCGUUUAUGAGAAAUUCGGCGACAGAGUCAAGCACUGGAUGACGUUCAAUGAGCCGAAAGAAAUCUGUUUCCAAGGUUAUGGAGACGUUAGCAAAGCUCCCAUUCUGAACAUAACUGAUCUCGGAACGUACGUCUGCGCGAAGAAUCUAGUCCUCGGGCAUGCCAAGGCUUAUCACGCUUAUAAUAACCUCUUCAAGCCAAGCCAGGGAGGUGUGUGUGGUAUCGUGAUUAGUGUCAACUGGAUGGGACCUUUGACUGACUCAGAAGAAGACCACUUUGCUGCUGAAAUUGCAAGGCAAGCGGCAUGGGGUUUGUACGCCGAGCCAAUUUUCUCUGAACAAGGAGGCUUCCCCAAGGAACUCUCUGAGAUAGUUGCGAAGAAGAGCGCUGAGCAGGGCUACCCCACAUCCCGCUUGCCAGAACUGAGCGACGAACAGAAGGACCUGAUACGAGGGUCAGCGGAUUUCUUUGGAGUGAACCACUAUACGUCGUUUUUCAUAUCAGCUACUGAGAAUAAACAGGUCCAUCCUGUACCUUCUUUGUAUGAUGAUGUGGAUGCUGGGGGUUAUGUGCCACCGGAGUGGCCUCAAGCGGAAUCUGAUUGGUUGAGACUGGCACCGGACAGCAUUUACAAUGCACUGACGCACCUGCACAAGAAGUACAACGGCCCAACAUUCUACAUAACAGAGAAUGGCUGGUCACAAGCCUUGGAAGAAGGUCUUGAAGACGACUCCAGAAUCAAGUACCACAGAGCCGCUCUGAACAGCGUGUUGGACACCUUGGAUGCUGGUGUGGACCUUCGCGGAUAUAUGGCUUGGACUUUGAUGGACAAUUUCGAAUGGAUGGUGGGAUUUACGGAACGCUUCGGUCUGUACGAAGUGGACUUCACCAGUGAGCAGAAGACGCGCACGCCGAGGAAGUCUGCGUUCAUAUACAAACAGAUCAUCAAGACGCGAGUGAUAGAUCCUGACUACGAGCCCGACACUCGCACCAUGUGGAUCGAUGAAGGGCAUUAAGACGACUGACUAAUGCCCGUAUUCACAAUCGUUUCUAUGAGGCCUCACAAUGCGCUCGAACGCACAGUGUAGGUUCCACCAAUCAGAUGACUGUGUCACGUCAAUUUACAAUGAUCUGAUUGGUGGAACCUACACUAUGCGUUCGAGCGC